AUGGGACGUAAGAAAAUACAAAUCUCCCGCAUUGGAGAUGAGAGGAACAGACAGGUGACCUUCACCAAACGAAAAUUUGGCCUGAUGAAGAAAGCCUACGAGCUGAGUGUCCUGUGUGACUGUGAGAUCGCGCUGAUCAUCUUCAACUCGUCCAACAAGCUGUUCCAGUAUGCCAGCACGGACAUGGACAAGGUCUUACUCAAAUACACUGAGUACAACGAACCACACGAGAGUCGAACUAACAAGGAUAUCAUUGAGAAAAUCGAAAUGCGCGCCGGGAAUACUGUCGGCGAUCGGGAGGGCGCCAGCUCUUCCCUUACUAGUCACUCGUACAUGGCUCUGAACAAGAAAGAGCACAAGGGAUGCGAAAGUCCGGAGCCUGGAGCAGACUCAGACCCGUACAAUGGAUUACGUGUUGAUGAUAAGUAUGACCAUCGUAUACCUGACGACUACCAGAGAGUCAUGCAGCAGAACGUCAUGCGGCAUACUAUGCCAUACCACAAUCAGGGUAUGCCGGUCUCACUGAACAUGCCCUUACAUGGGGGAGGUGGAGGUUUGUAUCAAUCAUCUCAGCCUGGACUCAUGCCCCCCACACCUCAAUCUCAUCACAAUCAUGUGGGAUCACCUGGCCUACUGCAGCCACCACAAGUCCUAAGUCCACGCCCUCACUCAACAGGAGGAAUGUCCGAUCACAUGAGUCACUCACCCACCCCUAAUGGAUACCAACAGCGCAUCUCCCCAUGCAGCUCUCCUGGUGGCCUGUCUAGCACAUCCCCGAAUAUGAUGUUACACAAUGGCAGCAACAUGUCGCAUCACAAGGGGAACUCACCUAAUGUGACCCCGACACACACGCCGACUCCUCAGAUGCGAGCCAGCUCCAACAUGCGCAUGAUGGGCCCGAUGCGUCCGGAUCACCUAGGUGUGCCUGAGAACCGGUCACAGAACUGCCUGACCCCGGGGAUGCCUAUGGGACAAGGAAACAUGCCUAGUGUGACCUACUCGCAGAGUAUGAAUUCACCUUCCUAUCCACAGAAUGAUUUCUCAAUGAAUAAUCCAGAAAUGGGUGGAACAGGAGGAGGAAUCAACUUCAGUCAGUGGAACCAGGGACAUAUGAACGCAGUUUCUCCACAGAAUGCUGGCAUGAUGUCUCAUCACAGCCCCAACACUAUGAACAACAUGUCUGGACAGGUGUCGCCACUAGCCAUCAAUACUUUGAGUGGAAUGCAUAUCAAGAGUGAGCCAAUCACCCCACCGCGGGACACCACAACUCCCUCCACACAAUUCAGACCUCAUUCAAGCGGCACUGGUCAUCUAUCACCAUCAUCAGGCAUGACUGGCCACCUGUGUCCAUCCCCGAGCAUCACAGGCCAUUUAUCUCCAUCAGGUGGACACAACAUGCCUGGUCAUCUGUCUCCAUUAACAGUCGGCCCAGCUGGACACAUCUCACCUUCAGCAUCUGGCCACUUGUCUCCAGCACUGCCUAUAGGUCACAGUAACAACAACUCCCCUGUAAACACUCAGCAUCUAGACUAUGACAGCCCUAUGGUCAAGCGGUCAAGAAUGGAGGGCUGGACAACAUAA